GCUGCGCUUAUUCUCGCUAACCGCGCUCGACGAAAAAAUUAAUUGAGAAAAAAAUUGUCAAUACAGGGCAACCCUAUCGUGUUUAAUUUCAUCAGGACAUUAUUUACGAAACUCCUGCUCCAGUCAAUCGGCAGGUAAUCUUCAAAACUUGACGAACAAUAGGAGCCGACUGACAGAAAAAAUUCAAUGUGGUGGAAACACAGAUCAGCCAUGGAAAACGUACUAAGAAUUGCGGUAAUGGUUGUUGUUGUUCUGUGCCAAACCUCGGCAAUGACUAUUGUCGGUAUGGUACCGAAAAACAAGAUGUUAAAUGUUUCGGAAGGACCAGAUAAUGUCUGCAACACUUCGAGUUGUCAUCGUGCUGCCUCAGAGGUAUUAAAAAAAAUGGACAGGAACGUCGAUCCUUGCGACGACUUCUACAGAUUUGCCUGCGGCGGAUUUUUAAACAAUACGCAGAUGCCAGCCGAUCAAAGUAAGAUUGACAGCUACACCCUCCUUCAAGACAAAGUUCUGGAGCAGUUGAGAAUUAGUAUCGAGGAGCGCAGCCCUUCAAUGGAACCUAAACCACUCAAGCUUAUUAAGAACUUGUACAAAGCGUGUAUGAAUACGACGGCUAUUGAAGCCCAGAGUGUCCAGCAACUCCGCGAACACCUGAAGGAACUUGGAGGAUGGCCAGUGCUAGAGGGAAACGACUGGAAGGAAGAAGAAUUCAACUGGACCCAUUCAAUCUACAAACUCCGCGAGCUGGGAUAUUCAUAUAACUAUUUCCUGAAUUUCCACUUUAGAACAGACUCGAAGAACAAGACCGAAAUAGUUCUUUAUUUGACUGAAUUUCCUACGGCGAAACUUGGCGCUAAAUUAACGGAUGCUUAUAAAAAGUACAUGGUGGAUAUAGCAGUAAUUCUUGGAGCUGAGCGAGAAUUGGCUAAGAAGGAGUUGUUCAGUGCCUUUCAAUUCCAGGCAGAUUUACAUAACGUGCGUAUAUCAAAGGAGAAACGUCGUCCGAGCAUAGUUAUCUACAACGUCAUCACGAUCGCCGAGCUCUCCAAGUUGUACCCUAGCAUUCCCUGGAAGGAGUACUUCAACCGCUUGCUUCCAUCUUCCGCCCAAGUAGAUGAUAGCCAAGACAUCAUAAUCCCUGACUACAUUCCGGAGUUCGUGAAACUGAUCGAAAAAACACCAAAACGAACCCAAGCUAACUAUGUUAUGUGGAAAGCAGUAGCCGCAUCAGUCAACUAUCUGAAUGAUGAAAUAAGGAAACGAACGUUUCUAUUGUCGAGCGCUGAAUAUGGAAUUAAAAAUAAAGAAUCUCGAUGGAAGGAAUGCGUGAGAGCUGUCUCAAAGAAGCUGCCGAUAAGUGUUGGAGCUCUGUACGUUCGCAAGUAUUUCCAAGAGGAGUCUAAGAGGAAUGCCGUGCAGAUGGUUCACAACAUCAGGGAGCAGUUUCAUCAGAUUCUGUUAAUGGUCGACUGGAUGGAUAGUGAAACAAUUUUGAGUGCGUUUGUGAAAGCAAUGUCCAUGACCAGCCACAUUGCUUAUCCUGAUGAGCUUCUUGAUGAUAGGAAACUCGAGGAGUACUAUCAGGGUUUGGAACUUACCGACGAGCAUUACCUACAGGCAAUUCUGAAUAUAACAUUAUUCGAUACUGAAAAAUCAUUUAGUACAUUGGGAAAACCUUUGAAAGAGAACAGUUGGGUGAGCUAUGGUGCACUAACAGCACAGGCUAAUGCGCUCUAUUGUCCAACUGCGAAUAAUAUAGUGGUCUCAGCUGCUAUUCUUCAAGGCGACUUCUUCAGCAAUGAUCGACCGAGGUACAUGAACUAUGGUGCCAUUGGUAGUGUCAUUGGUCACGAAAUCACUCAUGGCUUAACUAUGCAACACUGGCUCGAUAAAAAGGGAAAGCUAGUUCUGUGGUCACCUUCUACUACGAAGAAGUUCCUCACAAAAGCUCAAUGCAUUAUUGAUCAAUAUGGAAACUAUUGGGUCGACAAAUUCAGAAUGAACCUGAAUGGAAUAUCUACUCAACGAGAAAACAUAGGUGAUAUCGGCGGCAUAAAACCGGCUUACCUAGCCUACAAAGACUGGUCAGCGCACAAUGGGCAAGAGCAAAUGCUUCCGGACCUCCCCUACACCCCAGAACAAAUGUUCUGGAUAAGUUCAGCCCAAAUUGGGUGUGGUGUUCAGCGACCUGAACAACUCAAGCUGCAGAUCGAAAAUGGCAAACACAGUCCUCCAGAAUUCCGUAUCUUGGGAUCACUAUCAAACUCUCCAGAGUUUUCUAAGGACUUUGAAUGUCCCCUGGGCUCUAAAAUGAACCCACUGAAGAAAUGUGCAGUGUGGUAAUUUUUUAAUUACUGAUGUUGGGGUGAUAACUUCGUUCGCCCUUUUGUUUUUGU